GGAGCGCCGCGCGACUGACGCUGCCGCCCGGGAAGGUAGGAAGGGGGCCCCGGCGGCUCCCUUCCUUCUCCUCAGCCGCGAUGUCCGUGCUGAGCUGGAAGCCGUUCGUCUACGGCGGCUUGGCCUCGCUCGUGGCCGAAUUCGGGACCUUCCCUGUGGAUCUCACCAAAACACGACUUCAGGUCCAAGGCCAAAGCAUCGAUGCCCGAUUCCGAGAGAUCAAGUAUCGGGGCAUGUUCCACGCCUUGUUCCGCAUCUCCAGGGAGGAAGGCGUUCUGGCACUCUACUCCGGGAUUGCGCCAGCCUUGUUAAGGCAAGCAUCUUACGGCACCAUAAAGAUUGGUAUAUACCAGAGUUUGAAACGGCUUUUUGUGGAUCGUUUAGAAGACGAAACGUUACUGAUCAAUGUCAUCUGUGGGGUAGUGUCAGGGGUGAUCUCCUCUGCGCUGGCGAAUCCAACAGAUGUGCUGAAGAUCCGAAUGCAGGCUCAGGGCAGUCUGUUCCAGGGAGGAAUGAUUGGAAGCUUCAUAGACAUCUACCAGCAGGAAGGCACACGGGGGCUCUAUAGGGGCGUGGUCCCCACUGCUCAGCGUGCUGCCAUUGUGGUGGGAGUCGAGCUGCCAGUCUACGACAUCACGAAGAAGCACUUAAUCCUUUCGGGACUGAUGGGGGACACGAUCCUCACCCAUUUUAUUUCCAGCUUUACCUGCGGGCUAGCUGGCGCCAUUGCUUCAAAUCCGGUGGAUGUGGUGCGGACCCGGAUGAUGAAUCAGCGGGCCAUCGUGGGAAGCAUAGACCUCUACAGGGGUACGCUGGAUGGUCUGGUAAAGACAUGGAAAAGCGAGGGCUUCUUCGCUCUUUACAAAGGAUUCUGGCCAAAUUGGCUGAGGCUCGGCCCUUGGAACAUCAUUUUUUUUAUCACCUAUGAACAGCUGAAGAGGCUCACUUUCUAGGGACUGGCUCAGAUUGGUGAUCCGGCUGCCCUUCCUGCUCAUGUCCUCCUUUCCUGCAUCUUCAUGCCUUUUUGCCUAUGCAGACUGAGGCCCACCAGACCCAGCUGAAUGCUCAGUCUCAAGAGCCUGGCUUGGAUGAGAAGGGGGAUAGUGGGGCCAGAAACCCUCAGAGCCUGUUGCAUGUGCUUCCCCACAAGGGGAAGGGUGGGGUGUGACGGGGAGAGCGCAUGGGUCCGAGUCUGUAUCUUCUGUGAAGAGCCAUGUGUGUUUGAGGUCCUUCCCAGUUCAGCUUAUUGCAAUGUGGGUUUUGCAGUAGGCUGUGCCUUCCCCGAAGUCAUGCCUGAGGCGACGGGGUGGACUCAAAGGGGCUGCUGCAUUCCCUCCAUUGUCAUGUGACCGUAUUAAACUAUUUAUUGGA